CUGAAGACGGAGCCAUGAGCGGAAGGGCCUGAGCUCCGUUCCCAGCUUCAAGCUUGUACCCACUGCGGCGGUGGCGGCGGCGGCCCGGGAGCUGGGGCUGAGCCCUGAGCGCCGCCCGCCCGCCAGCCCGGACAGCCGCAGGGAGGACAGGAAUUCAAACGGUACCAGAUCUUUGGAAAACUACGUGGCUCUGCAUCAUGAGUGACAAUAAAUGUGAUAGUCAUUUUUAUAGUGUGCAAGUUGCAGAUUCAACUUUCACAGUACUGAAACGUUACCAGCAAUUAAAACCAAUAGGAUCUGGAGCUCAGGGAAUUGUUUGUGCUGCUUUUGAUACAGUUGUUGGAAUAAAUGUUGCUGUCAAGAAAUUAAGUCGACCAUUUCAGAAUCAAACUCAUGCAAAGAGAGCUUAUCGUGAACUCGUUCUGUUAAAAUGUGUCAAUCAUAAAAAUAUAAUUAGCUUAUUGAAUGUGUUCACACCACAGAAAUCUCUAGAAGAAUUUCAAGAUGUGUAUUUGGUUAUGGAAUUAAUGGAUGCUAAUUUAUGCCAAGUGAUUCAUAUGGAAUUGGACCAUGAAAGAAUGUCUUAUCUUCUUUAUCAGAUGCUCUGUGGUAUUAAACACCUCCAUUCAGCUGGUAUAAUACACCGAGAUUUGAAACCCAGCAAUAUAGUAGUAAAGUCAGAUUGUACACUCAAGAUCCUUGAUUUUGGCCUGGCACGAACAGCAUGUACUAAUUUUAUGAUGACUCCAUAUGUAGUCACACGAUAUUAUAGAGCACCUGAAGUUAUCUUGGGAAUGGGAUACAAAGAAAACGUGGAUAUCUGGUCUGUUGGGUGCAUUAUGGCAGAAAUGGUCCUUCAUAAAGUCCUGUUCCCAGGAAGAGACUAUAUUGAUCAGUGGAAUAAAGUAAUUGAGCAGUUAGGAACACCAUCAUCAGACUUUAUGAAGAAAUUACAGCCAACUGUGAGGAAUUACGUAGAAAACAGGCCGAAAUAUCCUGGUAUCAAAUUUGAAGAACUUUUCCCUGAUUGGAUAUUCCCAUCAGAAUCUGAACGAGAUAAACUGAAAACAAGUCAAGCUAGAGAUUUGUUAUCAAAAAUGCUCGUAAUAGAUCCUGACAAGCGAAUUUCUGUUGAUGAAGCCUUAAGGCACCCAUAUAUUACUGUUUGGUAUGAUCCUGCUGAAGCAGAGGCACCACCACCUCAAAUUUAUGAUGCCCAGUUAGAAGAACGAGAACAUGCUAUUGAAGAAUGGAAAGAACUAAUAUACAAAGAAGUAAUGGACUGGGAAGAAAGAAGCAAGAAUGGUGUGGUAAAAGAUCAACCUUCAGAUGCAGCAGUAAAUAGCAACACCACUCCUUCUCAGUCCUCAUCUAUCAAUGACAUUUCAUCCAUGUCAACAGAGCAGACAUUGGCUUCAGAUACAGACAGCAGCUUGGAUGCCUUGACAGGACCCAUUGAAGGUUGUCGAUGAUAAGUUAAAAAUUGCAAACUUGCAAUUGGAAAAGAACUCUUGAUUCCAUGAUUGUAAGUUCAUGGAACCAAGCAGGGAAACUCCAUGUUCUGCAUGUCCUAGUCAGUGCAAUGCCUGUGUUCUUACUAAGCUGUAAUUUGAUUGCCUGCUUGAUGUUAUAAAAAUGAAAGCAAUGCAAUGUCUGACAAAAAAAAUCACAAGCCACUCAUAGAAUAUUUCAGGUGAGCAAUUAUAGUUUGUUGGGGGAGGGAGGGGAAGAUAAUUGUGAUAUCAGCAGUGACCAUGUAUCUUUAGCAAACUUCUGGACUUACACACAUGUGCCAUCAGAAGUUUGCUUUAUUUAUUUAGCUUGGCCUGUCUCACAUUCAGAAAUGUGGUGUGUAAGAGUUCAGUGAUACUCCAGACAGUGUAUUUUUUCAAGCCAUUUCUUAUUCCUCCUGAGUAAUGUGGUGACUACAGUAGAAGAAAGAAAUAGUCCUGUGAGGUUUAAUCAUCUAUUAUUGCCUAUUUUGCUCUCUAUCAUUGUAUGCUUCAUCCUAUACCUUUUUUUUCUUUCAAGAGAACAGGCAUUUUAAAAGUAUAUAUUCAAUAAUUUUUUAAAAAGGCAUUUGCUUUCCACGAAUUAAUAGCAUUCAAGGUUGAGGAUGAAUCAUUGUAAUUAAAAAAGAUACAUACAUACAUACAUACAUACAUACAUACAUAUAUAUAUGUUGAUAUUGACCACUAUCCAAACAAAAAUAUUUACAGGGACAUUUAUUCUUCUUAAAUUGCUCUGUGUUGAUAUGUAAAUUUGACUUCUUGGUAUGCCAAAGGAUGUUUUAUUACAUGCAAAGUCACAUCUGACUUUUAAAAGCCUGUCCAUUUAACUUAUCCUUGAUCUAUUAGUACUCCGGAUAACUUAGUUUGCAGUGCUUUAAAGAGCCCUGUGUAUCCCAAUAUAUAGUUAGUUUUACAACACUAUUAUUAUGGUACAUGGAGUCUUAAAUUUAUUAUCUUCAUCACUGAUAGAGUAGAUUUUUUCAAAAUUCUGGCAGGGUGGGCAGAGUGUUGGGAUUUGGGGAGUCAGGAAGGCUUGGUUCUCAAUUUUGCCUCUGAUGCUCAAUAGGCACGCACUUCAUUGUAGACUAGUCACUCAGUAUCCUUGAACCUCAGUUUCUUCACCUAUUAAAAGAAGAAAAUAAUCCACAUAAUGCAUGUCUCACAGGAUUGUUUCCAGGGUCAAACAUGAUCAUGUAUAAAAGAUGUGUUGGAGAUUUUUAAAUACUACAAUAAAUGACUUGUGUGAAAAGUCAAAUUGAUGUUCAAUUUGAAGUUAAUAGUGAUUUCUAGUCUAAAUUAAGAAAAACAAUGAUUAGAAUCCCUUAUUCAUACUUUUAUCAUGUUUUUAAAUGGAAGAUACUUAAAAUAUUUUUUAGAAACUUUUGGGUUGUUUUUUUUUUUAAUUUUUUUUGAAAGACAUAUAAAGAAGUCUAUCCUGGGUACUUUUUUUUUAAACUAGCAAAAUAAUUACUGAAGUAUGACUUUGGGAUUUGAGAGGGCAUGCUGAACUACAGUUCAUAAAUAAACUGAUAAGAGAUUUGUAAUUUGUAAUUAAACUGCUCACCUGAAAGAGAUACAUUGAAUAUUAUUAAUGUGUUUUUAUAUAUGUAUAUAUACACACACACAUAUGUAUAUAUGUGUGUGUGUGUGUGUGUGUAUAUAUAUAUAUAUAUCAAAGUUCAUUAAGACACUGAAUAUCUAAAUGGCAUUGCAGAAAUGGAGUCAAUUAAAACAAUUGCAUUUCAACUAUGUUGCUCAUAAUUUUUCCCCCUCAAGAGCUUAUUUUUACAGACUAAUAUCUUGUUUUUAGUCAUUUUGGAAGCUAUGUGGACUGAGCAUUCGGUAGAAUAUGUUUUGAGGAAGUAUUUUAAUAAGAAAAGUCUUAUAAAUAUUAUAUAAAAAUGAGAGGUUUUGUCUACACCAGUUAUGUCACAUGGUUGGUCUUAUCACUGGAAACUGGAGCCUUUGCUGGACAAGAAAGCAAACUUACAAGAAUCUCUGAAAUCAUUAAUUGUGUAUCGAAUGUAAAAAACCAGUCAAAGUCAGCUAAGAAAUAAACACUUUGGUGACUCUAGGAUGCCAGCAGAAAUAUCCAUUAUAAAAAUUAAUCAUUAGUUGUUCUUAAUGUGUUUGAGGGGAAAAAAGGAUAUCACUAUGCAUAUUAGGAUGGCCCUUUUUGUAAGAUUUAUUGUUUGAAGAGCAACAAAUCCACCAUGCCUAUAUUUCUGUCUUUUUUUUUAAUGCACUUUAAAAUAAUUAAUGACACUUUGGUAAUUUUUCUGCUUUGGAAGUUUGUCUGAAUAGAAGUACCCUAAAGCUUAAGAGGGUACUUCCUCCUAUCAUCUACCAAAGGAUAUUUGUGAGUGGUCCAUUGUUACUUGUCCAUAAAUUACACUGCUGCCCAUUUAUUUUCAGGUGCAAUUCCAGAUGUUCUUUUUCAUUGACAAAGCCCAGUAUGAUUUGGAUAAUGAUUACUGUUGGCACCAUCUUUCUUCUUAUGUUAGCAUUGCAGUAGAAUUCUGUGAAUUUGUUCUACAUGACAGAUCUAAGACUUAAGACCCUGUGCUGGAAGCAACAUAUUUUUCAGAGUGAUACCUCACUGCAGUUUUAGAAUUCCUAUCCCAAACCUUGGGCUGGCUGAUCUUUUGGUUCUCGUACAAUGUGAAUUGUUCUAGUUGGAAGAUUACAAAUUUUGCAUGUCUUUUUCAUUUUUGCUGUUUGUCUUGUUUAAGUAACCCUUUGGGAAGUGCAUUCUUAUAAUACAGAUAACUUAGAAGAAUUUUGAAGUUGGAAAUUUGGACUUUUUUAUUGGAUCACUUUUUAGUCCAAAAGAAAAGUGUUUCUGCUCUGAUUUCACAUGCUAGUUCCCAAGCAUGAGAAACUCUCAGAGCACAGUAGCAGGUCAGCUCCACAAACAUCAAGUGUGGACCAUGUUCAGGGCACAAAUCUGGCACAGUGGGUACCAAAAAUGAAAUAAGACACAUGUGCCUUCCCUCAAGGAGCUUAGAAUGUAGCAAGGGCCAAGGAAAUUUGAAACACUGAUUAAUUUUUUUAAUAGUAGUUUUUCUUGGCCUUGAUCAUUGGCACGUGGAUUUCAAGGCAGCAAUAAUGAAAUAACAGCUAAGGAAGAAAAUUAUCUAUGGAAUACUGAAUGUAACUUGAUUUAAUCCAAAUUUAAUAUUAUCAUUUGUGACAUUCAUCUGGGUAACUUGUCUGAUGACUACACUAAAUAUGGUCAUAGCCACUCAUGACCAAACAUAUAUCCUGGCGAUUAAUAUAUAUAAACUUUAAAUUUGCACAUCCCAAAAGUAAAUGAAUUUGUCUAAGUUUUUAAUCAUUAAAAAAGAAAAAGUCUAUCCAUUUGGAUCAAUGAAAGUUUCUGAGGUCAAAUUUUCAAAUAGGACCUCUUUAUUUGUACCUGUUUAUGGUGGCAAAUUGCAUCAGUAGAUUGUGACUGCAUAGAUUUGCAAGUAUACACUUAUUCACAAACAUAAUUUGUAGGCGUUCCUUUUCCCAGGUGAAGCCUCCUUAAAAGAUUGUGACCAAUGGAGUUCUUGUUAGCUGUCAUUUGUGUUUAGGUCUUGCUGCUUAAAAAUCCUAAUGGUGCUUGCAGUUUUGCACAUGAACCAUUUCAAUUUCUUUUUCUUUUCUUUUUUUUUUUUUUUUUUUUUUUUUUUUGAGGUACUUUAAUGAGAUGCUCUUAGCUUAGCAUCAUAGAUUUGGAAGGUUCCUCUUUCUUUUCUUAUAAUUGAAGGACAGAACUACCCCCAACUAUCCCAGACACAUGAGCACAGUAUCUAUUUUAUUUUCAAAUAUGUAGGUGAAAAAUCAAUUAAUAUAAGCUUGGCUUUGAUUUCUCUCUUGUUGUCCCCUUACUGAUCCCCCUUUUAAAUUUAGAAAAUACUGUUAUUUUCACCUGCAUAUUAAAGAGUCCAAUUCUAGUCAUCAAUUUAAAGCAUACUUUUGUUUUAUUUUAAAGAAUUAAUCUAAAAAUUAACUACUUGAUCCUGUCCAGAAGACUUUUGAUUACGUGUGAUGAAUUUAAGCACUAGUUCCCUAGUUGUUACUAAUUGUGUUUUGCAAAAACAUAAUUAUAGAUUUUAGAAAGCCAUUAUGUUGAUACAUGUUAGUUUCCUUGAUUUUAAGAAUGAAAUGUAGAGCUACAAUAUAUCUCCCCUGUUUUUGUCACAGCCUCUGUUUUUUUAUAUGUACUUCAGGCAAGGCUGCCACUUUUCUUGGGGAAUUUUAAGAGAGGCUUUAAGUUCAGAUAUGGUCACUUUCUUUGAUUGUGCAUAGAGUGCACCCAGGUCAGAGAGUGACUCAGUAGCUAUAAAGGCUUUUUUUUUGGUCAGAGAAACUUAGAACUGGAAAGGAUUUUAAAGCAUCUGAUUUAAAUCCUUCAUUUUAUAGAUGAGGACAUCCAAAACCUGACAUGAAUUAAUUUCAAUUCAGUAUCAUAUUUCUGCUCAAACCUUGAUAGAACCAGGACUAGAGCCCAUUAUCUAUUGAUUCUCUAGAGGCUCAAGGUUCUUUGAAUUAAACUACCUACUAUGCAGUCUCUCACUGUUUUUAUGGCUCCAUGGGAAUGCUAUUUCUGAGGUAUUUAAUGUUGAUACUAGAGCCAAGAUAGAAGAUUUACUAAAACCUCCUAAGUUCAUUUUUUACUAUUUCUCUCUCCUACAACUUUUUUAUCUUUAAGUACAAGGAAUUUUUAGAGUCCUCAUUCUAGACCUUAUGACAGGUGGGGUUCUUAUUGAAGAGUACAGGAAGGAAGGAAGCUCACUAUAGGUCAAAUGUCCCUUUUCCUUUUACCUUUCCCACCUGUUAUUUAGUAGUGAGUUUGCUAGUGGACAAACCUUAAUCUUGACAUUAGAGCUUCGUGAAAAUAUGCAUGAAGCAAGGUGUUAACUAUAUGGACCAUCUUCAUUAUGGGUUUUUUGACUAAAUGGAAUAUAUAAUUCCUUACUUUCAUUUUAAAUCUAUGCUUUUCUAAGAAUGUCAUCUUCUUUACUCCCCCAAAACUUUCCCAUAUUUUAAUUCCAAUGAAAAUGGUCUGCCUUUGUCUUUGUGCCUCAUAUUUGAAUUUUAUAGAAUUUCAGAGUCGGAAGAUACCUCAGAGGUCAUCUAAUCCAACCUAUAAUUAAACAAAAAAUCACUUUUAUUAUAUCUUCAGUAAUGGGCCAUCAUCCCUCUAUUUGAACAUUUCCAGUGACUGAGACUCGCUACCUCACAAGCCAGCCCAUUCCAUUUUUCAGCAGUUUUAAUCGUUCUAGAUAUGUUGAGCUAAAAUUUGCUUCUCUACAACUUUCACCCAGUGAUUCUAAUUCUGGCAUUUGGUGCUGUAUAGAAUUAACUCUUAUUCCUCUUCUAUCUGAGAGCCCUCCAGGUAUUUGGAAAGAUACAACACUUCCUUCCCUUCCUUAAGCCAUUCUUCAUGUAAUUUGAUUCAUCCUACUUAAUUACUUCCCUCAUAUCCUAGUUUACUUUCUCUACAUACUUCAUUUUAUCAAUAUCCUCCUUAAAAUGUGGCAUCUGAACCUGAAACAGUCUUUAGCUGUGGCCUGAAUAGAACUCUACACUUCUAUUAAUAAAGCUCUUAAGGUUGUUUUUAUCUUUUUUUUUUUUUUUUUUUUGCAAUUAUCUAAAACUGCAGUUCUUUUUUAAUGUGAAAUUAUGUUAGGCUUAGUCUAAGUGCAAAAUGUUUAAUUUGUGAGCCCAUUCUUCCAGCCUAUGUAGAUAAUUUUGGAUCAUAUAUUUUCACCUUCCAUUUUAUCUCCCUCCCAAAUUUGUGGAUGAUUUAUCCAUCUAUAGAUUUGGUGACCAUGCCAUCCUUUGUCUUCACUCAAGUCAAAAUAAAAUUGUUGAACUAAGUAAGGCUGGAGACAGUGUCCUAUUUCUGUGAUUCAGAUGCCCCUAAGGCAUAUUACUAGAAACCUCCCUUGAAAUUUUGCUUACUUAAUCCAGCCAACUAACCUUAAUAUAAUCAUCUAGGCCACAUUGUUCCAUUUUUGUCCACAAGACAUCUUGAGGCCUUUUGUCAGAAGUCUUACUGAGAAUGCACACAUAGAAAUACACGCAAACAUAAACAUACGUAUGUGUGUUAUGUAUAUCCACAUAUGUGUCUAUUUCCUAAUUAUCAGUCUAACCUAUUUGAAAAAUAAAAUGAGGGUAGUUUGACAUAAGUGCUUCUUAGAAUCCAAGUUUGAUCCUGGGGAAUCAUUGCUUCCUUUCUUUCUUUUUUUUUUUUUUUUUGGUUGGGUAUAGAGAGUGGGGAGGAGCACCAGCUUUUUACUUUAGUAUCACAGUCUACUUUGGCUUUAUCCUCUGUAUAAAAUGCACAUUGUUAUUCAAUAGUUCAACUCAUCCCUGUGUAUUUUAGUCAAUGUGCAAAUUGGGGGGUGGUAGAGAACAGGACAGAAAUAGUAUUAUGUCCUAAUACCACUAAUUUAUAUUCAGAAUUUUUGACUUUAUUUUCGUUACACUUUGUGAUUUUAAAAGGAAUGAUGUGUGCUUUGAAGUCUGUAAUACUUGUAGAGUUACAUGAAGUGGCUUAUAUUGCCUAUUCCAUUGGGCUUUGUUGAUGCUGCCAUUUUGUCAUUCUUGUUGCCUGUUCAGUACAAAAAUGUUUUAUGUAAUGGCCUUGAUGAUUUUGUCUUAUGCUGGAUAUAAUUUCAAGAAGUUUUACCACUUAAAAUACAUUGUUUUAUAAUGAUGGCAGUUGUAUUUCCUUGUUUUCAUUUGAUUUUAAAGUAGGCUAGCAUUUCAUAAAGAAUGUUGUUAAUAGUUAAGUUUGAAUUGCUAGCUAUGUCCUAUGAACUUUUAUUUCUUAAAAGCCUUUUUAAAGAAGUAAAUUAUCUUACUAAAAACACUGUAAAAAAAUAAAUAUUUGAAUGGCAAACA